AUGGGACCUAAGCUGGUUAAGCAAGGCUCAGAAUCCAUCAAGUCCACAGAAAGACGUCCAAGACACAAUAAACAAGACCGCCGCAACCCUCGCCAAGACAAACGGACUCGAGACGACCAUACUGAAAACGAAGCAAAUUUGGACAAUUACACCAGGCCCAUCCUUCUCACAUCUGGCAGAUGGCUUUGGUGCCGCGACAAGCGUGCAGAGAAUUGGCUUCUUACACGACAUCUCCCGUGGUGGUUCUUUGCUUCCUUUAUCAACUUCUGCGCAUACGUCCAUGAGAAGGCGCAACACAACGAUAACCUCAACCCUGACGAGCAGCGCUUACUCAUCCACAUCAAGGAGUACCCCCUAGCCGCCGAUGAUCUUAUCGCGGAGAUGCAGUGCUACCUUGCGAUCUGCCUUGUCAAGGGGAAGCUUUCUCAGGGACUGAUAUUCAUCGACACUGCCAACAAACACGACAUGGAAGUUGGCCAGAAAGCACUCAUGCGCGUGGUCUUCACCCCUAAAGAGCGCCAGGCUCACAUCGCCGCCGAAGCUGCCUGCUCCAGCCAUCUGAGGUACUCAAAGGACACAACCUCUCAAUCACAGGUUGACCCUAUCAGCCUUGAAUUCCGAGAGAUACCGCCAGCCGUGAACCCUGUAACCUCCGCCUCUCAGACCUGGUUCGUACAUCCCGAUAUGGUGAGCAAAUGGCAACUUGCCACCGUGCUUGCUAUCAAGGAAGAGCAUAAAGUCCAUGUACAGACGGAGGAGGAGGACGACGAAGUAGUCUUCCGAGGAAGACGUUGA